AUGAACUUAAAGUGGACUGUAAAACGAUUUCUUCUUAUGUCGUUUUCAAUCUCCCACUUGCUGGUACUUGAGGGAGCUCAGAGCCGACUUUCAGUGGCAGAAGGAAGACUACAGAGAAGGGCUAAUGCACUCCGGAGGAAACGGGAUCUCCUCGGGGAGGAGACAUACAGACCGCUGCUGUCAGAGGGUACUCUAUCCCGCAGCAUUUUACAAAACUACACAGCCAGAGAUUCCUCUUCAGAAUACUGCGGUUGCCUUAAUGGUGGCUGGUGUCAGGAGGACGGUGUGUGUGACUGUGCUCAGUUCCAGGCACUGGGAGACCGCUGCCAGAUCAUACCUAACCAGGGCCAGGAUAGAGACGGGAUCUGCAGGUCGUGGGGUCAACACCACUAUGAAACAUUUGAUGGAAUAUAUUUCUACUUUCCUGGAACCUGCUCUUACAUUCUGGCUCAGGACUGCCACUCAGCUACACCACAGUACACGGUGUGGGUCCACAACAGCAGAGUGUGUGAUGGGAGUGUGUAUUCAUGCCCAAGAGCUCUCAGCUUGUUCUUCCCAAAUGAGGAGGAGAUCCACAUCUCUGGAUAUCAGGUUCACCAGGGAGGACGCAGACUAAGUCUGCCCCAGACUAUAGGUGGUGUGUUUAUUGAACGACUGGCUGAUUACUUGCUGGUGAAAAGUGUUUUUGGGUUCUCUUUGGCCUGGGAUGGAGGCUCAGGAGUCUACCUGAAGAUGAGUGAGGAGCACCAGGGUGCCCCCUGUGGCCUGUGUGGGAACUUCAACCACCUUGCAGGCGAUGACCUCACCACUGCCCGAGGCAUUCAGACUGGUGAGCCUGCAGUGUUUGCUAACAGCUGGGCAGUGGACCUUCCUCAUGAAAGAGCCUGUCCCUCUGUAGACCUCGACUUCAAUGGGGCCUGUGAGUCUGAGUCAGACAUGGAUGAUGCCAUAGAGAAAUGCAGUGCACUUCUCUUCUUCCCAUUUCUGUCCUGUCAUGAAAACAUAGACCCAAAUCCCUUUGUGGCCAGCUGUGUCUCUGACCUUUGUGUAUCUGAUGAUGAGGAAACAUUUUGUCGAGCCUUGGUUGAAUACACCCGAGCCUGCUCUCAUGUUGGAUAUCCAGUAAGAGAGUGGAGAGACAGCUUCCCUUCCUGUUAUGAUGGCUGUGAGGAGAGUUUUGUCUACAGAGACUGCAUCAGUUGCUGUCCCCCCACUUGUACAUUUGAAAAAGAAUGUCUAGGAACCAAUCUGCAUUGUCUGGAUGGCUGCUACUGCCCUGAUGGUCUUAUCUUACAAAAUGGAACAUGUAUCGCUGUUUCUCAGUGUCCUUGUGUUUACCAUGGUACUUCAUAUGUACAAGGACAUGUGAUUCAACAGGGAUGCAGUGUUUGUGUUUGCACAGGAGGAUUGUGGAACUGCACAGAGAACAACUGCACAGCGGAGUGUUCAGUGAUAGGGGACGUAUUUGUGACAACAUUUGACGGGAGGAUGUUUCUCCAGCCAGGGGCAUGUCAGUACGUCCUGGCAAAGAGCCGCAGAGGCAGCAGCAGAUUCACUGUCACACUGCAGUAUACUACCUGUGCUGAGCAGCAAAUGUGUAUUCAGUCUGUGACAGUGGUGUUGGAUGAAGAUGUGAGUCGUCAGAUCACUUUGACCAGAGAAGGGGAGGUGAUAAUUGGUGUCAACCCAGCGCCUGUCCUGCCCUAUAUUGAUGAUGCACUGGAAGUGCGGAAGAUGACCUCUGUAUUCACACAACUGAAGGCAGGGAUUGGUUUGAGGCUGCAUUACGAUGGUCGAGGGGGACGGGUCUACCUGCAGCUAGAAAACCAGUGGCAUGGACUGACACUUGGCCUUUGUGGAACCUUCAAUGGAAAUCUACGAGAUGACUUCCUGUCUCCAGCAGGUAUGAUAGAGGGAACUCCUCAGCUUCAUGCCAAUGCUUGGAAGGUGUCCUCUGCUUGUGUGGCUCCAGUUAACCUGCCCAUAAUAGACCCAUGUGAGAUGAACCAGCAUAAUGUAUUCUAUGCAUCCCAGUGUGAGGUGCUUUUGGGGAGUGUGUUUGCGCGGUGUCAUGGCUACAUCAGUCCAAACAUCUACCAGCAGCAGUGUCGUUACCAGGCCUGUCGGUGUGGGAGCAGUUGUCUGUGCACGGCACUGGCUCACUAUGCUCUCCUCUGUUCCAAACACGGAGUCGACAUUAAUUUCAGAUCACAUGUUUCUGAAUGUGGAGUGGUGUGUGUUGGAGGAAUGCUGUACCACUCUUGUGUGUCAUCCUGCGGGAAGUCCUGUCGUGCUCUGUCUAGCACUGACACGUGUAACCCUGACGACUGUGCCGAGGGGUGUGGCUGUCCAGUCGGCAGUUACUAUGACGACAUUCGCCAGCGCUGUGUGCAACUGUCUCGGUGUCACUGUUAUUCCAUGGGUGGUGUGUCACAGCCAGGGGAAGUGACCUUCAGUGCCUCUGGCCCCUGCUUGUGCAGAAAUGGGAAGAUGGAGUGUAUGCCAGAGGAAAAAGAGCCAGAUAGCGUAGAGGUCGGGGAGUGUCCAGAGGGUAAAGUGUAUCACAGCUGCACUGAGCAGAGAGGAGGCGUAGCCUGUGCACCAACCUGCCGUAACCUGAUGUUGAACCUCACCUGCCCUCCAAACACACCGUGCAUUCCCGGCUGUGUCUGCCCUCCUGGGUUGGUGCUCCAUCAUGGAGAGUGUUACUAUCCGGAGAAUUGUCCCUGCGCCUGGCUAGGCCUUGAGUACCUGCCUGGGGAAAUAGUGGAAACGCUGUGCUACAAAUGUGUGUGUCACCGUGGCUAUUUUAACUGCAGCUACUCACCAUGUCCAGCUGUGUGUACUGUCUACAGCGACAGGCACUACCAUACCUUCGAUGGCCUUGAGUAUGACUACCACUCUGACUGUCAGGUCUACCUGCUCAAAAGUGCAGGAGAAACCGAGGUGUCCAUUGUUGCCCAAAACAAGGACUGUUAUGAGAGCGGCAUUGUGUGCAUGAAAAUACUGGUUAUUCACGUGGGACUUACCAAGAUCUACUUCACUGACAACUCUGGCAACCCUAGCCCAUCCACUGUUGUGGGUCGAGGGUCAGAGUUUGAGCUGUGGACAGCAGGCUACUACACCGUGGUCCACUUCUCCAAUCAGGACCUCACCAUCCUCUGGGAUCGCAAGACAACUGUACACAUCAGAGCCGGUCCUCAGUGGAAGGGCCUCCUCAGUGGACUGUGUGGAAAUUUUGAUAGCGUGACAGUGAAUGAUAUGACCACCUCCAGCCACAUGGAAGUCAAUAAUGCACAGACCUUUGGAGAGAGCUGGGCCCUGGGACAGUGUGAAAGUGACUAUGUCAUUGAGCGACCGUGUGAAGGGGACUUAGGGAGACAGCCUUACGCCAAGAGGGAGUGUGCUCUCCUGUACAGCGAUGUCUUUGCACCCUGUCACAACGUGGUGGAUGUGGCCUGGUUCUAUAGGAACUGCCUGACAGACACUUGCAAUUGUAACCGCGGGGGUGACUGUGAGUGUCUCUGCACAUCCAUCGCUGCAUACGCACACAAAUGCUGUCAACAAGGAGUUACAAUACACUGGAGAUUGCCCUCAGUGUGUCCCUACGACUGUGAAUACUAUAAUCAAGAACUAGGUGACGGCCCAUUUUCCUUAGUGAGUGCAGUGUAUAAUGACACCAUGUUUGGGGUGAAUCGCACCAGCAGCUCAGUGUUUGUUCUGGUGAGAGAGAGACCAGGGCAGCUGCCUGCCCCAGGCCUACUGUUCAACUUCAUGAUCACAGCAGGCCUGCAGAAGAACAGAACAUCACGUGUCCCGGUGGUGUCACUGGAGUCUGCAGAGAGACCAAACUAUUUCCUUGUCAUAUCGGGGCGCACCCGUCUUCAGUUGGAGCGCUGGAGUCGAGGGGAAGAGUUCCGUCGCAGAGCAACCUUUAUCCAGCAUCAUGGCCUGUUUCUGCCCGGUCACACCUCUUUUGAGCUUGUCAGCCAACCUGGAAUCUUUUUGACACUGACACGCACUGCCGCACGAGCUCAGAGAUAUGACACCUCUGACAGCUUCAAAGCCAGCAGUAGCUUCAUACUGGAGGAGAGCAGUUUUGUAAUUCCUUACCGUAUGAUGUGUGAGUGGCGCUAUCAGGCCUGUGCGAGUCCCUGUGUCCACACAUGCAGUGACCCUGAUGCCACACGCUGCCAGUUCCUGCCUCCCGUGGAGGGCUGCUUCCCACGUUGUCCCAAGAACAUGGUCCUCGAUGAAGUCACUCGAAGAUGUGUCUACACAGAGGACUGUGUGACUCUUCCCCCAACUCCUACUCCCUUUGCAUAUGUGACGCGGUCCAACAGAACUACUACAGCACCACCAACAACAACUACAACCACAACAACCACUCCAAGUACUACCACUACCACAAGGCCUACAACUACCACAACCACUACUACCACCACUAGAGCCACGACUACCUCCUCCACUACUGUCAGGCCCACGACAACCACUGUCACCACUACCACUCCCACCACAUCAGCCACUGAGAGUGUCACCCCUUCACCUACCGCAUCUCCAUCACCCUCUGCUCCACCUACGACCCCCACUACUCCCCCAGCCCCCCCAGAGACAACCACUCUCAGCACGACCAUAAUGACCCCCACUCAAACUACAACAACCACGACGAUCACCACAGCAACACCCUCUUCUGUGCCCUCUGAAGAUACUAAAGUGCCCUCCACUUCUUCCCCUCCUUCCCCUACUACUCUUGCUUCCACCACUUCUCCAUCCUCUCCUACCUCCACCACUGUUACCACAUCGUCAACACUAGCGCCAACAUCUCUCAUAACUUCCACCCUACCUCUUCCAACCUCAUCCACCACACAGCCACCACCCAUCACAGUUGUCACAACCACACCGGCCUCCACCACUCACACCUCUGUCCCUGAAACUACCACCUCUUCUCAACCUGCACCAGUUGAUACAACCAUAACCGUAGAGACCACCACCCCAACAGACACGUCAACAGUUGCUGUGACCACUACAGCACCACUUCCUACAACCACUGAGCCUACGACUGAGCCUGUAACUACAGAAAUAGUCACAAGCCCCGACACCUCUCCUACAGUAGAGAAAGAAUCGACCACUCCUCCAUUCCUCUUGCCCACUACCCCCUGUACACCUCCAUACUCCUACCGUAUAGAUGAGUGUGCAGAGCUGAUCUGUUUCAAUGGAGAGCUUCUGCUUCACAACUCCUCUCUUCAUUGUCGCUUUAACACCACCCAGCCCCAGUGCAGUCUGCUGGGCAUGCCCAUCCUCAUCAACACAGAUACCUGCUGCCCACAGUGGCAGUGUCCAUGUCGAUGCACUGUGAUGUCAGACCUGCGUGUGAUCACGUUUGAUGGCAACAACGUGGCCUUGUAUGAUAACGGCUCCUACAUUCUGGUUAACCUGCCGAGAGAGACUAUUAUUGGCACUGUGGAGAAAUGUCCUACCAGCCAGAGUGUAAACUCCAUCAGAAGAACAAGUCCUACAGGUGGAACAUCUGGUCUGUGUUUUAAGAAACUGAACAUCACUACCUCCUCCUACAGGAUCAUUAUCAACCGACUGGAUCGCAAGGUGUCAGUGAAUUACAGGCCUGCUAGGCUCCCAUUCUCCCGUCACACUCUUUAUGUGGAAGACACGGGCAGCAUGUACCUGAUCCAUACACCUGGCGGGGUCAGCAUACAGUGGUAUCACAGCACUGGUAUCAUGGUGCUGCAGUACAUCACACCCAGUAAUGCAUCUGUGCCCACUCGAGGCCUGUGUGGUUGUUGCGAUGGGAACCCAGAGGAUGACCUUAAGCUGCCCAAUGGCACAGUAGUCAGAGAGGGAGACAUGAUGCUGUUCCUGCAGGCUUGGAGAGUCCAGACUACUGAUGAUACUGAACACACACGGAGGGUCGGAGACAACUGCACCACUGGGGACUGCUCCACUUGUCUCUCCAUGCUCCACCAGAGAGCAUUCACACCAUGCCACAGCAAGGUGCCUCCAGAACAAUUCUGUGACAUCAUGUGGGCGGGGGACCUGCACUACAUGGAUCACCAAUGUGACUUUCUGGCGGCAUACGUGGCGGUCUGCUACACUCAUCAAGUCUGCAUCAGCUGGAGACGACACAACUUCUGCCCAUUGCGGUGUCCCCCUGGUAAGGAGUAUCAGCCAUGUGUGAGCACCUGCACCAGCCGCACCUGUCUAAACAGAGAGUACUAUGAGGAGACCACCUGCUCCUUCAUCAGAGAGGAGUGUGUGUGCCGCAGUGGAACCAUCCUGCACCGUGCUGACUCCCCUUACUGUGUAACAGAGGACCGCUGUGUGUGCACAGAUAAUGAAGGUAACCCCCGGGCCCCCGGCGAGGUCUGGAAUGGCUCUGCUCGUGGCUGCUGUCUGUACAAGUGUAUGGAGAAUGGCUCUGUGGUGGCUAUUGAGCCUGACUGUAACUCUGUCCCUACACCGCUGUGUGAGAGAGAGGGAGAGUAUGUACUGGAUGUGCUGGAAGAAGGAGCCUGCUGCCCAAAGAAGAUCUGUGAAUGCAACAUGACCAUCUGUGACAGCGAAGCACCACCUUGCGAUAAUGGGAACCGACUUGUGAUUGGUUACAGCGCUUUGUCCUGCUGCCCAGAGUAUCGAUGUGAGUGUGACCCCAUGGCAUGCCCUCCUGUCUCGGCCCCCGACUGCAGGGAAGAUCAGUUUCUAGUGGAGGUCAGGAGGGAAAAAUCCUGCUGCUACUCUUAUCUGUGUGUGUGUGAGUCAUGUAUUGAGCCCAUUCCAGCUUGCUCACAUGGAGAAAUUCUGGCUGUGGAUCUAAACACCACCAACAGCUGCUGUCCACAGUACCACUGUGUCUGUGAUGUCAACCUGUGCCCUGAAUCAUCUGUGAGCUGUGCACCUGGCCUCUCUUUGAUUCAAACUAAUGUCCCUGGGCAUUGCUGCCCGCAGCACCACUGCGAAUGCCAAUGUGAGGACAGCUCUCCCCCUGUCUGUCAGGUGGGGGAGGUGGUGGUUGAGGUUCCAGACAGCAGCACCAACUGUGGCUGUCCUCAGCAUACAUGCCAGAAGGCAGAGGUGUGUCUGUUUCAGGGUGUGACGGUGCUGGGGCCAGGCCAGUCUCUGGUUCAGUACUUUGAAGGAGAGUUAUGUUACACUGUCCACUGCCUGCAUCACAGAGAUCCAGACACUGGCUUUUAUGCCAUGGAAAUCACCUCUGUCAACUGCACCCAGAAAUGUGGAUCACACCAGGUAUAUGUACAGUCCUCAGAUCCUCAGGUGUGCUGCGGCUCCUGUAAAAAUGUCUCUUGCACUUUCACCAGUGAAAAUGGAACUACAGAGCUUUUCGCUGCAGGGAGUUCCUGGGUGGAGAACUGUACACGUUACGACUGUAUGGAAACAGCAGUGGGAGCCGUGAUACUCGCCUCUGGGGUGGUUUGUCCACCUUUCAAUGACACAGAGUGUAUUCAGAAUGGCGGUGUGGUUCAGAGUUAUGUGGAUGGCUGCUGCAGGACAUGUUCUGGAGUGGGUGUUUUACCAUUUACCGUUAAUCCCGUAACCCCCACUGGUAGUACUAACUGUGACACAGGCAAAGAGGAUGGUAAGACAUGCAAGCGGGUGGCCAUUCGGACUACCAUUCGAAAAGAUGACUGCAGGAGCAAUGCACCGGUAACAGUCUAUUCUUGUGAUGGGAAAUGUCCGUCUGCCACCAUAUUCAACUUUAACAUCAACAGUCACGCCAGAUUCUGUAAGUGCUGCCGCGAGAGUGGGCUACAAACUCGCUCAGUCACGCUUUACUGCUCUCGCAACGCCACAGUCGUGGAGUACAACUUCCAAGAGCCUUUGGACUGUUCCUGCCAGUGGAACUAA